UCUACCUCACAAUCAACAUGCUUACCAAGUUCAUCUUUGCUUUCGCCUUCGUGGCCAUGGCCCUCGCCCGCCCUGAGGAGACCCCAGGCUAUGAUUACUCAGCGCCUUCCUCACCCGGCAAGUACGACUUCAACUAUGCUGUCAAGGACGACUACUCUAACAACAACUACGGUCACCAGGAGGAUCGCGAUGGCUAUGGUGCCCAGGGUUCCUACUACGUCCUCCUUCCCGACGGUCGUCUGCAGAAGGUCACCUACUCCGUCAACGGCGACUCUGGCUUCGUGGCCGAGGUCAGCUACGAGGGAGAGGCCCAGUACCCUGCCGAACAUCCUUCCUACAAGCCGACCCCUUCCUAUGCCUAACCGAUCAUUCCUGCAAGACUAUCCCUUAUGAAACGAUUGACAGGUUACAAUACUAUUUAUUGCUUGCAUGAUUUAUCUAUAACUCUAUAUCAAUAAUGCAAUAUCAUGAAACAGAC